AUGGGACUGAUGAUGAAGAACGAGAGGGACAAAAAUGCAGAGGGGCGAUUGGCUGGAUCUGAUUAGGAUGUGCCAUCCACCAUGUCCUAAGGCUCCAUACAGUAUUGGGCUCCUGGUUCGGCACCUCCCCAACGGUCGUAGAUUAUUUUUUAACCCUCCGCGCUUUGGAUGAGCCGCGGUCGUCGUCCUAUCGGCACAAAGCGUCUUUUCUUCCCUGCUCUGGGCACAUCUAUCUACAGCUCUCUCUCUCUCUUUCUCUCUCUCUGCUGGGCUGCAUCUGUUGUUUUUUGGAUUAUCUCUCGACAGGGCUCUCCCUUAGCUCUCUCAGCCUCUAGAUGGAAGCCAACUCCUGUGAGUCGUCUCUUUGAUGCAGUAUAGGAACGAUCUUCUGGGAUUUUCCUCUGGCCGUAGAUCAUGGUUUCUUCCCUUGGCCUUUUAGGGAGCGUUUGGUGUCUUAGUCAAUGGGAUUGUCUCUUUUGCUUUCUUAUCCAUGGUCUCUUUCUUCCGCUUGAGGGGAUGUCGCCUGGAAUAUUUUAUCUCACAAGUAGAGGGAGGGUCAGAUAGUCGCGUCACGACUUUGUCGGAGGCCAGAUCCCCUACGUGGGCUGGAGGGGCAAUCCCAGUAGAGAGAAAGAGAGAGAGAGAGAGAGAGGGAAGAAGAGUCUCACCAGAGAGGUAAAGAGGAAGAGGGAUAGGAAGAAGAGCAUCUUGGAGGGCGUGUCAACGCUGCCGGCUAUGGAGACCCACGCGAGGCUGGCUACGCUGGGGGCCGCGACGAAGAGGAAGAAAACCGGGCGGAGCAUGGUGGGCAGUCCAUCGCUGCCGGCAAACCUCUGGUAGAGCGUCACAAACAGCACAAGGUAAUGGGACAUCCCAAGCGUGAACAUGAACACGGCACUCUCCUGCCUUCCCAUCUGCGCUGCCGCCCUUGCCCCUAUAAGGUUCCCAAUGACCGACAGCUGGCUCGUGGGGUUCGCCACCAAGGUCAGGAACUUCUUCCCCUUGGUGAUCCACUGGCCGUAGAUCUUCACAUCGAGGGCCAGCACCGGCGUCGAGAAGACCCACCAGAGGGCCACGUAGGGUUUCGUCCCCGGGAGGAAGAAGGGCGAACACUGCAGGAGGAGGAGCCCCGAGAUCCAAGGGGCGAAGAAAUAGUUGACCCCAACGUGGUCGUAAUACUCGGCCUUGACGCUGUCAAAGUGGAAGAUGCAGCGAAGGGCGUAGAGGAGACAGAAGAGAACGAGUGUGGCGAGGGCGAGGGACCAAAGGAGGUGGAAGGCGGCGGAAGGGAGGGCGCGGACGGCGUGGCGGAGGGCGAAGGAGUUCGCCACUGA